AAUAGCCGUUCUCGCAGUCAGGUGAUUGGAACGGCGUGUGCUCCUUAUUUAUUUGAUAUUGAUAAAUGAGGAUACCUCCAGAUAGUACUGCUCUUGCUAUAUUACGAUACUACUAACAUCGGGUUCAAAUAGAGCUGAAGGGUUCCCCGCCAUGAGUGGACACGAGGACAAGGACCAAGGUCCUCCAGGGGCGUCAGAUGAAGCAGAACCCGAGGUGUUUACCAUGGACUAUGGAACUGGUCAAGAACUGACCAUCCCGACAGCUGAUGCGGUAGAACCCCCUGAUGGAGGAAAGGGAUGGUGCUUAGUAUUCUUUGCUAUGAUUUUAGCAUCUUUUAGGGAAGCAUUCAUCGUUCUUCAACAACCCACACUAUUCUUUAUGAAAAGUAUGACAAGAACAAGUACCGGUAACUCAUCUGGAGGCUUCGGACAAAGCCAGGGGUUCUUUUUACCAACCUUAGAUUCCCUGUCAGUGGAAGCACGAACAAUAGUGGACAUUCACAACGCUCUCUUUUCUAUAUCAGGAAUCCUAAGUGGAACUCUGACGGUCUUGACUGGUUACCGGUGGGUGGCGCUGAUCGGAAGUGUUCUGACUGCCGUGGGGUAUCUCGGGGCUGCGUUCUCUGAUAUUUCCAAUGUCCAUCUCAUCUCCUUCCUGUAUGGGGCAUUACCAGGAAUCGGGCACAACUUAAUCGUUGUGGCAUACAUCACGGCAAUACUGCAAUACUUCAGAAGGCGCCGCCUGGUGGCUCUACUCAUCCCCCAUGUUGGUGCCAUCCUGGGAUCAAUUGCUUUUUCUGUCAUGUCAGUUCUCAUUUUUUGGAUCCUUCGGUAUCAGCAGCUGGAAGAGUUAUCUCCUCUUUCAAGCGGGUGUUGCUGGUAUCAUGAUUCCGUGUAGCCUCUUUUUGAAACCCCUGAAUGCCCGGAUGAAAGGUCCAGCCAAUCAAAACCUAAUAUCUUAUAUGAUGGGUAUGGAUGAACUGAAAGUGUUCCGGUCUCUACUACUCUACGUCUUCGCGGCGGUCUGUUGCUGUUGGGGCGGAGGUAUCAGUGUUAUUGAGGCCAAACUACCGAGUUUCAAGGGUCUGCUCGUGUUCCUGCCCGCUGGUCAGCUAUUGGUGUACGUCAUACUGUUGACCAGUCUCGUGGGCACCUGCUUCUCAUGCUGCAUCUCCAGUAAUAUCCGUCUGAGGAGUGUGGUCAUUGCGAUGGCUGUCUUCAGUGGAAUCCUGUUCCUCCUCAACAUGAUGGCCAAUAUGCUGUAUGACUUCAUCUAUGCCAUCGUCUAUUCCAUACUUGUCGGAGUGUUGAAAGGUAUAGGAGAACCUUUACUGGAGUAUUUCAUUCCACUGCUCCUCGGGGACGACAACGCUGCGAUCGGUGCAGGCAUUUUGACCUUUGGUCAGGGCCUUGGAAGUCUGUCGAUGCCAAGCAUAGCGAACGAAAUCGAAAAAUCUACACAAAAAGUAGACGGGUGUUUCUAUUUGGCCGGAGCUAUCUUCUUCCUGUCAGCUGCCUGCAUCAUCUUUGCCUACCGCUUACACUUGCGUGAGACCAAACGUGUGGUAGUCCCAGAUGAUCCAGACGAAAAGCCUUCUCAGGAUACAGAAGUAACUGGGAUGGAUAUGGAACGAUUCUGAUACAGCGAGGCACCCCACGUCAUAACGCGGAACAUAUAGCCACAUGCCAGCUUUUGCAUAUUAUAGAACCAUACAUUUCACAUGAUCAUUUGCUAUAUUUAGUAAGGAAAUCUCAAUGUGCUUACUAUUAUUAUUCACGAUGAACGUCAGUGCGUUGCAAAUUGGAUGUUCUUUGAGCAAUUGAAAUACUCCAUAUCGUUCCG